AUGUGGACAAACUUUGUGUAUCCGUACGUGGAUGUCUUGCUGGGGUUAUCAUUCAUGAACCUUUCCAGCGGACUGAGUUUCUGUCAAAUGAGAACGACAUCUUAUACCAUGAAUGGAUUCUGCCAUCUCUAUCUGCUCAUGAUUCUCCUGAUGAGAUCUGGUGAUGUUGAAACCAACCCUGGACCAGACAGGAUUGUCAGUGAAAAGGAAUUCUUAAAGCUGUCCAAGCAAAUUGAACCAAGCCACUACAAAGAGGUGGGCAUUAACCUGGACAUCUCCAUUGUAGAGCUGGGGCAAAUCGAGAAAGAGAGCCAAAAUACCAGUGAUGCAUUGAUGACAGUCUUCACGAGAUGGAGAGACAAACAUCUUCCGGGCACAGACAUCAGGGCUCUUCUAGCAGAGGAAUUAGAAAGAAGUGACUUAGGGUCCCUCUCUGGCAAACUACUUGCUGGCAGUCUAGUCCUGAAGCAGACAGGUGCACCUGUUACAAUGCCAGGAUCACAGACCCCAACACUUUCUCCUGACCUGAUCAAGAGAUGUGCAGAUGAUUUCAAAUUCAAAUACCGGACAACUCUUUGUAAGAUCAGAGCUGAUCCUCUCAACCCCGAUUCUAUUGCGCCAUUCAAUGACAUGUACACAAACCUUGUCCUGGAAGAGGAAUAUAGACAAAGCAAGCGACCACUUGAGUACAGGGAUCUCUUUGAUCUUAAAGUCAAUGGAGAGUUCCCCAAGCGGAUCAUGGUCCAGGGAGAGGCUGGGGCUGGAAAGACAACAUUCUGUGCUAAGAUUGCCUGGGACUGGAUAACUGAAAAUCCUGUUCUUCCAAAGUUUGUGUGGGUUCUUGUUGUCCCUUUUCGUGGAGCCAAGCAAAACACAAUCGGUGAGAUUGCCAAGUCGUAUCUCUCAAAGGACAACCCAGCAACAGCCUGCCAGAUCACUGAGUACAUCCGUUCAAAUCCAAGACACGUAUUCAUUGCAUUUGAUGGAGUAGAUGAGAUGGAUGGCAAUAUUGUACAGCAAAGGAAAGCUGGUUCAAAGUCAGAAUGUCACCAGCCAAAGUCUGCUGAUCAAACCAAGGCAAGAUCAGAAUCCAAGACGAACAAGAAUAAGCGGCAAAACUUACGGCAGCCAAAGUCAGGAAGCCCAUCAAGUGCCACUUCGCAGCCAAGAGUCAACAGUGCAGAGGCAAGUGGAAGUUCUUCAGAGAGAGGUGACAUUGCACUUACAGACAUUCUUCGUUCAGAUGAACUUGCCACCUGCCCGGUGUUGGUGACAAGUCGCCCAUGGAAGGUCACAGAGAUUAGAUGGGAUGAUAUUCUAAGGAACCAAUACACUUUCAUACAUGUGGAAGGUUUUAGCAAGGAGAAUGUGGAGGUUUACAUUCACAAGUACUUUCAAGAUGAUGGGGCCAAAGCAGAUCAGCUUAUCCAAUUAACCAAAAACAAUAACAUCGUAUCUAAGAAUAUGGCCCCGUAUCCUAUCUAUAUAGCUAUGCUCUGUCUGAUGUGGAGAGAACUUGAUGAUGAAAAACAAGAAAAGUUUAAGUCAUUACGAACUUUUUCUCAAAUAUUUGAUGAAAUGUUUGAAUUCUUGAAGGUGCAUUAUGCUCAGAAAAAAAUCCCAGUUUUAGACAGCCCAUCUUUCCAAGCCUAUCGCUCUCAAAUUGAGAAGCUCAUGGAACCAGUUGCCAAAGUUGCUUUCAUCGGGCUACAAGAAAACACCCUUAGUUUCAAAGAAGGUGAUUUUGCACAGUGCUCAGACUCCAUUGAAACAGCUUGCAGAGUAGGGGUGUUGUCUCAGGAGAAAAAAUUGUCAUCUAACCUGUAUGACAAGAGCAGUAUGUUCCUGCAGUCUACUAUCUUCUUUCCACACAAACUGUUUCAAGAGUACAUGGCUGGGGUCCAUCUUUCUUCCCUGUAUGAAUUAGAUCACAAUGAAUUCAACAGGCUGAUUGAGCAAGUAGUGCUGCCUAGAAAGGAAGAGUUUCGGUAUCUCCUGUACUUCACCGUGUCACGGGACAAAACCAUUGCAAAGCAUGUCAUGAAAUGCAUGGUACAGGAUAACACCUCAGACCAUGAGGAGACGGAUUUCUUGGUUGAUGUAUCCUUUGAGAGUCAGGACCUAGAUACUGCAGCCUUGGUGAGGGGUAGAAUGUCAUCUCUGAGAAUAUGGCCAUUCAUGACAGCACACACAAUAGCAGGUUAUUUAUUCACUGGACUAGGUGUACAUAAAGAUAUCGAUCUUGGAGUAAAUGGAGAAUUUGGACCAAUUAUAUCACAUGAUAUGGGGGAGAUUAUAUGCUCUGUGCCCUCUCUAGAGGAUAUUACACUACAUUUAGCUGCCUUGCACAGUGACUUCUAUGCAGUUCUUGCUAAAGAAGGAAACAAGUCCAAGGUCCAGACUGUCGAGCUUGAAGAUGUUAGGUGUCCAACAACAGCCUCUUCACAUUACCUAGCGGAUGCUUUGUGUUCCAUGCCAAACCUGACUGACCUGAUACUAUGGGGAAAGGAGUUCAAGGAGGAGUUCUUUUCUGCACUGAAUGCAAAGGCGUCAACCUUACAGGAUUCUUUUCCUCAAAUCAGUAAUGGAAAUUUCAGGUUCAAUGGAGUUCUCCAAGCGGAUUUUGAUUCAUUCCUGCAGUCACUCACUGACUUUAGACGGGGGGAUGGCGACUCGCACGAGGAGGAUAACGUCUCAGACGAGGAGGAUGGCGUCUCGGACGAGGAGGAUGGCGUCUCGGACGAGGAGGAUGGCGUCUCGGAUGAGGAGGAUUACGUCUCUGCUGAGGAGGAUGGCGUCUCGGACGAGGAGGAUGGCGUCUCGGACGAGGAGGAUUACGUCUCUGCCGAGGAGGAUGGCGUCUCGGACGAGGUGGAUUACGUCUCUGACGAGGAGGAUGGCGUCUCGGACGAGGAGGAUAACGUCUUGGACGAGGAGGAUGACCUAUGAUGGACAAUACCUUCAAGAGCCACACAAUGGCAGUGUACAACCAUCCAUAUUGCACAGUUUGAUCAUAGAACUAUCUCCAAGAUGGUUGUACGACAGUUGUUCCGCGUCGGUUUUCUACACUAACCUCAGACCUUACAUAUUACUUUAAAGAUAAAGUUGUAAUAUUUAACACUAGUUCUAAAACAACGAAUUCAAUUCAAUUCAUAUCACAACAUAGCAACGUUAUAUUCAUACACAUUAAAUAUAUCAUAUUACGUGUACCGUAAACAUUAUUACCUGAAUUCUUAAAGGGACUUGGUAACAUUGUUCAGACGAGAGAUAGUGGUGCUAAGGU